GGGACUGCCGAAGGGCUGCGGGCCGGGCGGCGGCGGGGCGGCGCCUCCCCCCCGCAGCGCGGCGCGGCGCGGCGCAGCACGGCCCGCCCUGCCGACGCCGGCGCCGCCUCAGGAAGCCGGAAGCGCCGGGCGGGCAGGGCGCGCGGAGGCUCGGUCAAGAAGAAAACUGUCUAAUCCAGAGCAAAGAUGCAGAGCACUUCAAAUUACCUCUGGCUCGUGUCUGACAUCCUAGGACAAGGAGCUACUGCAAAUGUUUUCCGUGGACGACACAAGAAAACUGGAGAUUUAUAUGCCGUCAAAGUAUUUAACAGUAUAAGCUUCCUUCGUCCUGUGGAUGUUCAGAUGCGAGAGUUUGAAGUACUGAAGAAACUGAAUCAUAAAAAUAUUGUCAAAUUGUUUGCUAUUGAAGAAGAGACGACGACUAGACAUAAAGUACUAGUUAUGGAAUUUUGUCCAUGUGGGAGUUUAUAUACUGUUUUAGAAGAGCCGUCUAAUGCCUUUGGUUUGCCAGAAUCUGAGUUUUUAAUUGUUUUGAGAGAUGUGGUGGCUGGGAUGAAUCAUCUCCGGGAGAAUGGAAUAGUGCACCGUGACAUCAAACCAGGCAAUAUAAUGCGUGUUAUAGGUGAAGACGGUCAGUCUGUUUACAAACUGACAGACUUCGGUGCUGCAAGAGAACUGGAAGAUGAUGAACAGUUUGUUUCUCUCUAUGGCACAGAAGAGUAUUUACAUCCAGAUAUGUACGAGCGAGCAGUUUUGAGGAAAGAGCAUCAGAAAAAAUACGGAGCAACAGUUGAUCUGUGGAGCAUAGGGGUGACCUUUUACCAUGCUGCAACAGGGAGUUUGCCUUUCCGACCUUUUGAAGGACCUCGUAGAAACAAGGAAGUGAUGUACAAAAUAAUCACUGGAAAGCCUUCUGGAGCUAUUUCUGGAAUACAGAAAGCAGAAAAUGGACCAAUUGAGUGGAGCUGGGAGAUGCCUGUUUCUUGUAGUCUUUCAAAGGGUCUGCAAGUACUGCUCACACCUGUCCUUGCAAAUAUUCUUGAAGCAGACCAGGAAAAAUGCUGGGGAUUUGACCAGUUCUUUGCAGAGACAAGUGACAUACUGCACCGAAUAACAAUCCACAUCUUUUCACUACAACAGAUGACCUUGCACAAAGUUUAUAUUCACAGCUAUAAUACAGCUGCUAUAUUUCAUGAGUUGGUCUACAAACAGACAAAAAUACCAUCUCAGAAUCAAGAACUGAUAUAUGAAGGUCGGCGUUUAAUACUAGAGCCUGGCAGAUUGGCACAACACUUCCCCAGAACUACCGAGGAGAAUCCCAUCAUUGUAGUAAGCAGGGAGGCUGUGAGCAUUGUUGGAUUAAUCUAUGAAGAAGUCUUACUUCCUAAAGUACAUCAACGUUAUGACUUGGAUGGGGAUGCCAGUAUGGCUAAAGCAGUAACAGGUAUUGUGUGUUAUGCCUGUAGAGUUGCCAGUUCUUUGCUGCUUUACCAUGAACUGAUGAGAAAAGGAAUACGAUGGCUAACGGAAAUAAUCAAGGACGAUUACAAUGAAAUGGUUCAUAGAAAGACAGAGGUUGUCAUCAAGCUGGAUUUCUGCAGCAGAAACAUUGAGAGAGCUGAGAAAAUAUAUGAGAAUUUAAUGCAGAUCAACCUGGAAACAUCAGAAGUGGAUGAAAUUUCAGAGAUACAUGGGAAACUACUGCGUCUCUCCAGCUCUCAAGGCACAAUAGAAACUAGUCUUCAAGAUAUCAAAAACAAACUUUCUCCUGGUGGUUUACUGGCUGACACCUGGGCAAAUCAGGAAGGCAUGCAUCCAAAAGACAGAAAUCCAGAGAGGCUGCAGGCACUGCUAUGUUCCAUCACAGAUAUUUAUUAUCAGUUCAAAAAAGACAAAGCAGAACGUAGGCUUCCUUAUAAUGAAGAACAAAUUCACAAGUUUGACAAGCAGAAGUUGUAUUUGCAUGCUACAAAAGCUGUAGCUCUGUUCAAAGAUGAAUGUGUCAGCAAGUAUGAUACUUUUCUGGACAAGGCUGAGGACUGGACAAGGAAAAUGCUUCAUAUAAGGAAACAGUUACUCGCUCUCAGCAACCAGUGUUUUGAUAUUGAAGAAGAGGUAUCCAAAUACCAGGAUUAUAUAAAUGAGUUACAAGAUGCUCUGCCACAAAAAAUGUUUGCAGCUUCCAGUGAGAUGAAACAUGCAAUGAAUCCAGUUUAUCCAAGUUCAAACACAUUAGUGGAAAUGACUCUUGGUAUGAAGAAACUAAAGGAGGAAAUGGAAGGGGUUGUUAAAGAGCUGGCUGAGAACAAUCACAUUUUGGAAAGGCAAGCCGUCAUUCUCCUUUUUUGCCUGAUAUUGGGAACAGCCUGAAUUUGAUUCGGAGCUUUGACUAUGGACGGUGGCCUGCGGAAUGUGGACUGUAUCUAGCUAUCAAAGGACCUGAAAAGGACUUGUAAAUUUUUUGAAGGGAAAAAAUACUGCUGGAGCAUUUAAAGACAGAUAAUAAAUCUGUACCCAGUUUUUUCCUCUGCAACUGUAGUAUUAAAAAUGUAAAUAUGUAUAAUAUGUAAAUAUAAAAGAAAUAUAUCUUUUUUGUCAAUGUUAGGAGAGAAUUACUCCUGGCAGGGAACUUAUGCAUUGAAGGAUCUCUGGCAAAAUCCUAAAGACGAAAGUGUUGUGGAUGAAGCUGACAUUUGUUUGAAUAUUGCCCCUUUUUCAGAAUUCAGUGUACUCUUCAUUACAAGAGAACUGCAACUUUCAGAACUCUGCAAAUUAUGCAUAGUCUGUAAAGGGUGUUUGGGGUUUCCUUUAAUCACCACUAUUAUUUUGGCUGCUGGUUGAAUGACAAUGAUCAUCAUUUACGGAACAUAAAGACUGUCUUAAAUAAGAUCUCUUUACAUGAACACAAAUAGGAACUAAAAGUGCAGAUAAGACAAAGAGUGGAAAUACAUUUCUUUUUCCUUCACAUCCAGACUGUUAGUUCACUUCCACUUUGGGAAAUAAAUCCACUUUUUUUUUUCCCCCCAAGUCCUUGUCCAUAUUUGGUGCCAUGUUGUCUGUAAUUAUAUGACUGGUCUUUAUUAUGGCAUUUUAUCCUUCAGGUUAUCAGGUCAAAUGUAAAAAUUCCUUUUGUGGAGUACAGCAUUUCCAGAAUUUCCCUGGAAUCUUGUUGCUCACCACAAGAGAAGUGGGAUCUUAGAAUUCAGUAGCCUUUUCAGAAUCCUGUUUGCAGGCAUUAAAAAAGAAAAGGUUAAAAAUCUGUGUUGUGGGAAUUUUUCAAUAGUCGGUAAACUGGAUAGCAUCAUGUUUCAGUGGUAAUUGAACAUUAGAAAAGUCUAAUCCAGAUCUUGUCUAGAUCUUGAAAAAGGAUCACGUGCACUGCUGACUUUUGACUGAGAUACUAAACUUGGGGGGGGAAUUUGUUAAGACUAUGUAUGUUUAUUUUCCACUAUAAAUAGGUAUUACUUUUAGUACUACAUAAUUAGGUUGUAAUGCAUAUAGUACAUGCAUCCAUGUAGAGAUGGAGAAUGAAACAGUCUGCUCCAAAGUACUUGAAAGGAGAGGAAACAAGAAGAGGAAAACAAAAACCAUAAACUUCCGAAAACAUCCCGCACUUUGUUUGAAUGCCACAGUUGUAUUUAUCUUUUUUUAAAGUGUAGAGCAUUCAAAUAUUGCUGGGCUUACUUAGUAUUCUCAUUCUUUCUGUGUGGAAACUAGGCCACAGAUGGUCAGUGGUAUCCAAGUAGCCCUUCUGAUUGCUGUAUUGCAUAUAUAGGAAGAGCUGGUUCCAGGAUAUUUAAAAUUUUCCAUAAUUAAUGGUGAGACUUCUAGAUAUAACUUAAGGAGUGGUAACCUUUGAUACCAUCAGAUAGUUUUGUGAUUUUUAGUCCAUGCUUAUCUUUUCUCAAAAUACAAAACAUACCCAAUAUAUUUCAAAUAUAUUUAAAUAUAAACUUAUGAAAUUUUUGCUUGCUUCUUUUAUUGUUAAAAGAUGAGGAUACUAACUGCCUGGAAAUCCCAGAUACCUGCAUUCCAGGGUUUUUAGUGAGGAUCAAAUAUUAAAAGGAAAUUCAAACACUCAUGUGAUGAGCUUCAUACUUUUGCAAGCUUUUUUGAAAAAAAUCUAGCUAUGCAAAACUAGUGCAACAGUUCCGUUGCAUGUUUUUCCUUGUUUAGCCAUGGCUUCUUUAAUUGUUUGCUUCAAAAUAUCUGAAUCUAACUGGAAUGUUUUAAUGCCUGGUUGUACAUUCAUUUAGUCAUGUCCAUAGUCUGUAAGUGUCAGCAAAACAGAUACAUAGCUGUUGAAAAAAUUGGGCUUUUAAAUUGUACAUAAAUCUUACGGCUUUUUCAACAUUACUUCUGUAAAAAAAAAAACAUUGUGUUUGUUAUUUCAAAGGUUCUUAAUUUUGAAGGAAAUUGAGUGUUAGCUGGAGUAUGUAAUCUUCAAAUUCCUUUAUACUGAAGCAGUCUGAAAGGGAAAGUUGGUUGUAGUAGCAAUAUAUUGAAAUAUGUGCUGGCAUUCUUUUAUAUGUUUGAAGAUGUUUUAUAUUACUUUAUAUUAUGUUCAUUUUAAACAUUGCUGGUUUUAGUGUUGUCAGAUACAUCAGUAAUCUUAACCUUGUUAAAAUUACUUUUUCUCAAGUAAUUUUAACUAAACACUGGUUAAGGAACUUGAAGUAAUCAGUUUAUAAUCUACUGAUUACCUUCUUAUGAAAGAAAUACAUUAUUCACAUUGAAGCAUAGUGUAUUGUACCAUGCAACUGGUUCAAAAUAAGUGCCCUGAUACUGUCAGUCAUUCUGCUGAUUUGUCUAAAGAAGUAAUAGAAAGUAAUAUAUGGUCCUUUCUCCUGAAGAUGGUUUACUGUUCUGGGGGGUUUAGAUUAGUAGGUUAAUUAUCUGUUACUCGAACAAACCUGUCUUCAUAUGAAUUGUGAAAAUGCAUGAGUGAAUGACUUAAAUACAUCAUCAACCACUUACUGUA